UUCGUGAGCUUGGUGCCACGUGGAUUGUGCUGCGUGCUACGUGAACUUCCACGUGGCUUACUGCAAUGUGUGGUUGAGCCAUUGUCCACUUUUGCGGAACUUGGACGGCUACCGGUAGGCUACAUCGUGACCGAAGGCUUGCGCGUUGUUGGUUGAUCGUGGUCGGCUGGAGGCUUCGGUGGCAUGGUGGACUCAAGCAUGUGAGGGGCAUGGUGGUUGUGGAUUAAUACGAUGAUCAGUUGGGGUGGGUGGGGGGGACGGGGGCCGAGGGGGAAGCGAUGAUCGAUUUGUCAAGGAAAUUAGGCCCUUGGUUGAGAAACAUCUGUUCCCUUUUGUGUGCAUGCGUUUUGCUAUGACCGACCAGUCGCCUCCUCAUGAGAUCAAGGUAGCAAUGGAGAAGAAGCUUGCAGAGCUGAAGGAACAGCUCGCAGCACGUGCGCGCAAUGUGCUAGAGCAGAAGAUGACCCUUCGUUACAAGAGAGUGAAGUUCUUAGAAAGAAGGGAGAUCGAGCGCCGAAUGAGGCGAGUGGAGAAACAGCAGAGAAUGCUUGCAGAACGUGGCGAAGACAAGGGGGAGGCCGCUGCGGAGCUGGCAAAGCAGAUGUCUCAGCUGAAGCUGGACAUGGAGUAUGUGCGCUUUUUCCCGAAGUCCGAGAAGUAUGUGUCGUUGUUCAAAGGAGAUGACAGUGAGCAUGUAGUCGCAAGACGGCAGGCACUGCGUGAAAUGAUCCGGGCGAACUUGGCUGCUGCGGCUGCGGAAGGCGUUGAUCUCGAAAAACCCAAGGCCAUGAUAAAACUAAGAUCUGCCAAGGAACAGUCGUCAGUUCAUUACUCAAAAAGGAAUGAGGACACAUCUCACCUUGAGAAGAACGGAUUCAACUACGCGAGGAUCAGUACGGUACCAUUGGUACGGCAGAUGUGUUGCGUCUUCCGUCUGAUAUUCCCCGAGUGAUCAUCGUGUCCUCUCCCUGUAGCCCCAGUAGCCAUCACCUGGCAAAAUUUGUCAAAAACUAUCUCUUCACAGUUGCUGAUCUUGGGCCAGUGCAUGUUGAUGGGUAUCGCUGACCCUUUGCGGCAAUCGGGUCACCCAGUGUGCAGACCCAUCACCACCCAUGUUGUCACUCAUCGCCAUGCCAUCAUGGCGAUGGGUACCACACACCCGGGAUCACGUUGCAGUUGUGGCGGUUGUUCCCCUGCUGUAGACGGCUGAGACAACUUGGCGAUUUCUUUUCUUUUUACAUUUUUUUUUUCCGGUCACUACCUUCUUCGCCCGAACGUUAUGCUCCAUCAUCGUCAACGUAUACAAACCCUGUUCUGGUCCACACACAUUCAUGACAGUGGGGUGUUGUGUUUGGGGAAACAAACCACUGGUCCUGCG